AUGAGUCCGCUGCAAAUAUUGACAGUAAGACAGCAACAGGAGUUGAACAAGGCCAUACUUCAGUAUCUUAAGCCAAUAUUGACCGAAAAUACCGGGAAUGUCAACUUAACAAUUGCUCUUUCCAAUAUUUUACAAACACCAUUGAGUUCAAUUGAUGAUAAUAACAAUAACAUUAUUCCAAACUAUUUAGAGAAGAAAUGGUCGACUGUUUUAAGACUACAAAAAAAAAUCAUUGAUUUAGAGAAUGAAAUUAGUAAUUAUAAAGCCAUUAUUGAUGCUUCAAAUACUACCGAUGCGCUUUCAAAGCAUACUUCUCUUUUAACUAAAGAUAAGAUCAAUUGGUUACCAAAUAAUGCAAUAAAGACUUUCAAGACCCAGGCUCAGCAGUUAAUUCAAUCAGUGACAAUCCACCCAUUCUUACCAAUAAUACAUAGUGGAUGCUCUGAUGGAUCUUUAAUUUCUUGGAAUUUGGUUAAUGAUGAUACUUUAAUACCAGAGAAAUUUAUCAAGGCUCAUACUAGAGCAAUUAAUAAGAUUAGAUGGUCCAAUGCUCCUUUAGAUCUUUCUGCUGGUAAAUCCUUAAUUCCUGAUAAAAAUAAAUCUUAUAUUCUAGCUACUUGUUCUGCUGAUUUAUCAAUAAAAAUUUGGGAUGGGGCUACUUAUAAACAAAUAAGAACUUUAUCGGGUCAUGAACAUACCGUUUCUUCAAUUGCAUUUUCCAAGUCUACUCCCCAUAUCCUCUAUUCAGUAUCUCGUGAUAAGACAGUUAAAAUUUGGGACCUUACCAGUGGAUUUUGUAUAAAAAGUUUUGUCGGCCAUAGUGAUUGGGUACGUGAUAUUGAUGUCAUUAGUGUUAAUUCACAACUACUGAUGACAAACAUCAAAGAAUCUUCGGAAAUCGGUGAUUUCAUCGUGACUUGUUCGAAUGAUCAAUCAGUAAGAUUAUCCCAUGCAGAUUCUGGUACUGGUAUCUCCUUAUUAAUUGGCCAUACCCAUGUUAUUGAAACAGUUAAGUUUUUACCACUUCAUUCAAAUUAUUUCAUUGAUAAGUACCUCACUAAUAAUUCCGAUAAAUUCCCAAAUAUAUCACCUUCUUUUUUCUCUGAUCCUGUUUAUACUCAAACUCUUGGUUUUAAAUAUUGCAUUUCGGCUGGUAGAGAUAACCUAAUCAAAUUAUGGUUAUUGCCCCCUCCUGUUCUAAGACCUCAUAGACACCCCUUACCUUCCCAACAAAAUAAUUCUCAAGGUUGGUUAAUAGCAGAAUUGGUCGGUCAUCAAUCUUGGGUUAAAGCCUUAUCAAUCCACCCUAAUGGUAGAUUUAUUUUCAGUGGUAGUGAUGAUAAGACUAUAAGAGUAUGGGAUUUAGACAACUUGAAUCAAACUGGAAACGUCAAAUGCAUCAGAACUCUUACGGGUCAUGAUGGUUUUAUUAACGAUUUAAAUUUUGCAUCUUUCGAAAUAGAGAGUGAUAUUAAUAGUAAAAAGAAACAGGAUGUGGUUAUAAAUCCAAAGAAAGAAGAUGGAAGUGACAAAUCAACAGAACAGUUGCAUAAAGAGUUGAUGAAAUUUAUCGAAUCCAAAAUGAGAUGUUUAUUCUUAAGUGGUGGCGUUGAUAAUGCCGUUAAAUUAUGGAGUUAG